AUGGCGAUCCGGAAAGGCGCAUCAAGGGCUGCGGCUAAGACAGCCGGCGUCCUCCGCCAGCUGCAUCUCAGGAAGCCGUUUCUUCGGCCCCGCUCUCCCUCGGCAGGCUCCCGACGUCCCGCCGCCUCGGGAUCCUGCCCUCAUCUGUCGGACUCGUCUCCUUCGUCACCGGGGGUUUCGGCUUCCUCAGCGGUGGAUCCGAGCAGCGAUCCGCCUCCGCCCCCGCUGGAGGCCUCGUUAGGGCGAUAUACGUCUUCGGCUGGGUCGCCUCUCGGGACCCGAGUGUCUUCUUUUUCUGGCGCGUGCCCAGCCCCGGUCGUGCCUUCGUCGUGUCCGUCUGCUCUUUUUUCGUCAUCUUCUGUGCUGUUUCUGAGUCCGCCGGGGUGUCGGGUGUCCUGCCUCGUCACGCGCCGCUUCCUCGCGUCGGGGGCUCCUGCUCCGGCGUCGGUGUCUCUCUGGCCUCGGGGGCGCCGAGUCGCCGGCGCUUGCUCAUCGCCAGGGGUCAGCUACUUCUUCUCCGCUUCGGCGUGCUCGCGACCGGUCGCGGCUUUUGGGAGGGGGAUGGAGGGGCGGGCAGCGCCUUCGUCGUCGCUUCCGCCGCGCUCGCCGCAUCCUGCGCUGCUCGCGGGUUCGCCCUCUCCGUCGUCGCGGCCGCCGCUGCCCCUCGCGUCGUCGGCGUCUGCGGCGCCCGAGUCUGCACGAGACGCGCAUGCAGAGGCUCCAGGCGCAGCCGCGCCUCCGGCGUCGGGGGAUGCGCCGGCUGCAGCGGUCGCGCCGGAGCCGCUCACGUGGAACGAGUGGUGGCGGGUAUUCAGUUUUUCGGCGUUGCCGAUGGUCGCCUUCGGGUUGAUGGAUCAGUUCAUCAUGAUUCGUCUGGGGGACUUGUUGGACACGACGCUGGGCGUGACGCUGGGGCUCGCGACCCUCUCGGCGGCGGCCGUCGGUCAGCUGUGCAGCGACACAGCGGGUGUGUUGUUUGGGAACACGAUCGAGUCGCUCGCGCAGCGCUUCGGCGUGGCAACGCCGCCGUUCGAGAUCUACACGAAGCGCGCGCCCUCGUCGACCAACCUGGUGCGCACGCUGGGCGCGGCGUGUGGCGUGGCUGUCGGCUGUCUCCUCGGCAUGACGCAGCUGCUCUUCAUGGACUUGGAUCGCGCAGAGCGCCUCAAGAAGCAGCAGCAACUCGACGCGAUCUUCCGCCUCGUCAUGCAGGAGUGCCCCAGGCUUUUUUCCUGCGAGCGCGCGACGCUCUUUGUGUACGACCGGAGUCGCAACGAGAUCUGGUCCAAAGCGGUUUUCGGCCUGGAACACGCCACACGCGUCGAAAAGGGCGAGCAGAACAAGACUGUCACCACGUGGAUCCUGGAGCACAAGCAACUCGUGAACUGCCCCGACGCCUACCGCGACCCGCGCUUCAAUCCGCGCUUCGACGAACGCCACAAAAUCAAGACGCACACGCUGCUCGCCGCGCCGGUCUUUGGGAAGGACAGAGACGUCGUCGCCGUCCUUAUGUGCAUCAACAAGCACGCGCCCACCUACCGUGAGGAGACGAGUCGCCGCGAGUCCUACGUCUUCACCGACCAAGAUGAAAAGAUGAUUCAGCUGCUGAGCAAAAACAUCGAAAUCUUCAUGGAACAAUUCAACUACGGCGCCGCAGACGACCAGAACUUGAUCGCUCUCCCCGUCCAGCCGGAACACCUUCCCUCCGGUUUCGCUGCGGACCCCGCGCAGCAGGCGGAGAACGUCGCGAGGUCUUCCUGGGGCACAGGCUCGCUGUUUUUUCCUUCUUUUUUCCGCGCGAAAAACCGCGAAGAGCCCAGCGCCGCCGCCGAGCCAGAGGCGCCCUCCGCCGCGGCGCCGGCGCGCCAGUCCUCGACGCAGCUCGCGGGCGAGACGCAAAAAGGAGAAGAAGGCCGGAGGGGGGCAGCCGCGCAGGGCGGCGGCGAGAAAGGCGUCAGCGCCGCGAAGCGCGAGCCCGACGCUGAGGAGGAUAUGCCUGAGGAGCUCAGCUGGAGGCAGGCGCUUCUCGCGUGGAUGUCGGCGCACGCCGGGGAGGUCCCCAGCGCCGCGGCCGCGCCUUCUGAAGACGCGGAAGAGAGCGAGGGAGACGGCAAGCCCAGAGAGGACAGCCCCAUGACGGGGGACGUGAUUCUUAUGCCGCGCUUCGAGAUUCCACUGAUGCGCGCAUCCACCUCCCCUCACGAGGAGAAGAUAGACAAACAACCGAGCGGCUUCGCGUUCUGGAGGAAAAGAGAGAGGCGAAGCGAAGCCGACACGUCUUUGUCGGGCGCGUAG